AUGGUCGAACAAACAGCGACUACCCAGCACUACCAUACUUUUCAUGGAAGAGAAAACAGCACAAUCGAUCUAGUUUGGACGAACUGUGAAGGUAUAUACACAAUUCACGACUUCGAAGUACAAGAGAUAAAGCAUGACUACGGCCUGGCCAUGAGAUGGUCUAAACUAGUGCAAGUCAAUCCAUCGGACUCAAUCGCAGACCUACAAAACAAGCUACAAGCAGCCAUUAAAAAAACUGCACUCGAACUGAAGAUGACAAAAGGCCUAAGACCCCCAUUCAGGAAAAGAUGGUACGACAACGACUGCAAGGAGCUGAAGAAAAUCGCAAAUCGAGAACUGCGCAAAUACAGGAAGCCAAACUCCAACUCUACGGACAAGACCACUUACUUAAAGGCUAGGAAAGAUUAUUUGAUGUUAUGCAAAGAUAAGAAGCGAAACUACCAUGCUGAUAUUCUAAAUAAGAUAAACAACACAAGAUAUAGCACUGACUUUUGGAAAGCUAUCAGAACUUUCCAAAACAGGCCUUUCACAACACCACCAAUAGAAGCACAAAAAUGGGAAGAAUUUUACACAAACAUAUACCAGCCUGCCCAAACAAACCCAUCACAUGAUCUCGUCGGUACUGCUAUAUGCUGCGCCUAUUUGGGCUCUACGAUACAUAAACGAGGUAGAGAGCAUACAGGACUUGCUCAGGUUCCAAAAAUUUUACUGCUUAAUUAUGAUAUUAUAAAUAAAACUACGGCAAAUGCGCUAGUGCAAGCGGAACUAAACCGUAUUCCAUUGUCUGCCAAAAUCUGGGAAGACACCUGGAGGUGGAUAAUAAGAAUCCUCAAGAUCGAAGCCAACAGGCUACCGCGAAUCUGUUUCAUCAAAUCAGUAGAAUCGUACCUAAACGGUGUAACUGAUAACAAAUACAAUUGGACUGCUCAAAUCGCGGAAUUCAUAAAUCAGACAAAUCCAUACUAUGCGAGGCUAUUGCAUAAUUUAAACAGCGAGGCCUGGGAGAAAGUAGGUAAACAACUCAUCACGAUAUACGAGAAGCAGCUGACUAGCACGAUAAGUACAAUAUCAGACAACUGCCAGUACCUACAAACUCCAAUCAGAAACCGUGAGUCAAAUAAUUACUAUCUAAACUGCAAUACCCCAUGGUGUAUGAAGAGACUUGUCACACAAAUAAGAUGUGCCAGUAGUUUCGGUGCUGUCAUAAGUGCCAACGGUAAAUCUGACAGAUUCGAUCCAUCAAAUAGCUGUCCUUGCUGCAAAUCAGACCACUACGAUACUACUACGAUACAUUAG